UGCAUAUUAUUGGCACCAAGAGUACCAACAUUAAUGGCGAAGCCAAGCUUUGUUGUCUGGUUCUUUCUGGCUCUCUCUAUCGCCUUCCUUGCCAGUUCAAUCUCUGCCGACAGAAGCUUCGGCCAAGUCUGCGAUGCUUCUAGGUUCAGAGAACUGGGGCUGAAGAUGGAGGAUUUCGGGUUCUGCGACUCUUCGCUGCCAUACCCAGUGAGGGUGAAGGACUUAGUGGACCGGAUGACGCUGCCGGAGAAGGCGCAGCAGCUGGGAGACACGGCGACUGGGGUGCCCAGGAUUGGCCUGCCUGCGUACGAGUGGUGGUCGGAGGCGCUGCAUGGCGUCGCCGACACCGGCCAACCGGGCAGUAAGGCCACCUUCUUCGACGACCAAAUCCCCGGCGCCACCAGCUUCCCCACCGUUAUUCUCACCGCUGCAAGUUUCAAUGAGUCCCUCUGGAAGACCAUUGGCCAGGUUGUUUCAACUGAGGCAAGAGCCAUGUAUAACAUGGGGCAUGCUGGAUUAACAUUCUGGAGCCCAAAUAUCAAUGUGGUGAGGGAUCCCAGGUGGGGAAGAAGUCAAGAAACGCCUGGCGAAGACCCUCUGGUGGUUGGAAAAUAUGCUGUAAACUAUGUCAGAGGCCUGCAAGAUGUUGAAGGCACCGAAAACAUUACAGAUUUAAACUCUAGGCCUCUCAAGGUUGCUGCUUGUUGCAAGCACUAUGCUGCAUAUGAUCUUGAGAGCUGGCUUGGAUCCGAUAGGUUCCAUUUUGAUUCAAAGGUUAUGGAGCAAGAUAUGAGAGAGACAUUCCUUAAACCUUUUGAGAUGUGUGUUAAAGAUGGAGAUGUUUCCAGUGUAAUGUGUUCCUUUAACCGCAUCAACGGCAUACCUAUUUGUGCUGAUCCACAACUCUUGAAAGACACCAUUAGAGGAGAAUGGGACCUUCACGGGUACAUAGUUUCAGAUUGUGAUUCAAUAGAAGUAAUGAUAGAUGGUCACAAAUGGUUAGGCGACACACCAGAGGAUGCUGUUGCACAAACACUCAAAGCAGGUUUGGAUUUGGAUUGCGGGUACAAAAUCGGGAGUUACUAUGGCAACUAUGCAGGCAGUGCAGUGGAACAAGGGAAAGUUGGGGAGGCAGAGGUAGACAAAGCCCUCAAAAACCUCUACACUGUGCUAAUGAGACUAGGCUAUUUUGAUGGCAUCCCUCAGUUUAAAUCCCUGGGCAAGGCCGAUGUUUGCUCUGAAGAACACGUGGAAUUGGCAGCCGAAGCAGCAAGGCAAGGGAUUGUUCUUCUCAAGAAUGACAAUCAAACUUUGCCUUUGAACUAUGGUGAAAUUAAGAGCAUAGCAGUCGUAGGGCCUCAUGCCAAUGCCACCGAAGUCAUGAUUGGAAACUAUGCAGGUAUCCCUUGUCGAUAUGUAUCCCCUGUGGACGGCUUCUCUGCAUUUGGAAACGUGAGAUAUGAAACCGGUUGUGCUGAUGUUGCUUGCAAGAAUGAGAGCUUGAUAUUCCCAGCCAUGAGAGCUGCAAAGAAAGCUGAUGCUACUGCAAUUAUAGUGGGGUUGGACUUGUCGGUUGAGGCUGAGGGCUCAGACAGAGUCGAUCUGUUGCUUCCGGGCUACCAAAAUCAGCUCAUCAGACAAGUUGCCAGUGUCUCCAAAGGACCCGUCGUUCUUGUAGUCAUGUCUGGUGGUCCAGUUGACAUCUCUUUUGUCAAGAACGACCCAAAGAUCAAGGCUGUCCUGUGGGUUGGUUAUCCCGGUGAAGAAGGCGGUCGAGCCAUAGCUGAUGUUGUAUUUGGGAAGUACAAUCCUGGAGGAAGAUUGCCCCUCACAUGGUACGGAGCCGACUAUGUUGAUAUGUUGCCAAUGACAUCCAUGGCAUUUAGACCAAUUGAGAGCUUGGGCUACCCCGGCAGAACGUACAAAUUCUUCAAUGGCUCCACAGUCUAUCCAUUUGGGCACGGACUCAGUUACACCCAGUUCAACUACAACCUCAAGUCCUCCAAAAGGUCACUCAACAUCAAGCUCCACAAGCUGCAACAUUGCCGCAAUGUGAAUUACAGCGCAAGCGCAUACAAGCCUAUGUGCCCUGCAGUUCUGAUCGAGGACUUGAAAUGCCAUGACAACAUCGAGUUUGAGGUUCAGGUCAAGAACGUGGGGAGGAGGGAUGGAAGUGAGGUUGUGAUGGUUUACAGAGUACCCCCCGAAGGCAUUGUCGGGGCCCCUAUGAAGGAGCUAAUCGCCUUCAAGAGGGUUUCCGUGGCAGCAGGACGAAGUAUGACUAUUAAGUUUGUGGUGAAUGCCUGCAAGAGCCUUGGCAUUGUGGACUACACAGCCAACCAUCUUUUGCCAGCAGGGAGGCACACUAUCAUGAUUGGAGAUGGAGCAGUCUCGUUUCCAGUUAACAUUAACUUCAAAUAUUAGAAGAAAGAUUUAGAUAGAUUAGUGAUUUUUUUUUUCUUCGGUUAGCACCAUAUUAAACUAUCUUUUUCAGGUUCAUAAUGAACUAUUUUUUUAUGCAA